AUGGAUAUACUUAUCAUGUCUGUAUGUCAGUGACUUAACGGCGCUGCGACCAUACGGCAGUAUAGUGUGUUCGGCCAACGUGUACAAACAGCUACGCUGCCGCAGUGCCACGACCGUCGCCGUCUGCUGUGGCGUUAUUUUGCGUUUGUCGGUUUUUUUUUUUGGGGGACUACUCAAUAUACGUGUAGAAGCAUAUAUAUAUAUAUAUAUUUUUUUUUUUGUUCAAAUCUUAAAAUCAGUCGCUUGUCUUUUUUUCAAUCAAAUUCAACUAGAUCGACGACCAGUGAUAGCCACAAUGCCGCUCGUACCGGUAAAGCACACGCCCAUCGUCAAGAUCAGAAGAACGGAUAACGCCGGUUUCUAUUUCAACCCCGGCUUCCGACCGUUUGUUAUUGAUGGGUUGCAUCCGACGGAUCCUUUUUACGGCCACAACAACCUCAAGGAAAGACUGACCAGACGAGGAUCGACGGAAUAUGGGAGUAGAGGAUACCCCGGACUAUCCGUUUAUAAAAUCGGAGAACGCGGAUCCGGUUUUCGACCCAAGGCCGGUGAAGUCCAGGACUUUGAGGUACUCAGAGACCAGUGCCUCCAGCAAGGGGCGCUUUUCGAAGAUCCGGAUUUCGACACAGUGGAUUCGUCCAUCUUCUACAGUAGACGACCUGACAAGUCGUUCGAAUGGCGCAGACCCAACGAGAUCGCCAACAACCCUCAACUGUUCAUAGAAGGAGCUACCAGGUUCGACGUCAAGCAAGGAGAGCUCGGCGAUUGCUGGCUGCUGGCUGCUGUAGCGAAUCUGACGCUAAACGACAAGCUGUUCAACCAGGUAGUGCCCAACGACCAGAGCUUUGGCAACAAGUAUGCAGGCAUAUUUCACUUUAGGUUCUGGCAGUAUGGAAGAUGGGUCGACGUGGUCGUGGACGACCGUUUGCCCACUUACAACGGCCAACUGGUGUUCCUCAGGUCGGCUACGGAGAACGAAUUCUGGAGCGCUCUUCUGGAAAAAGCCUAUGCCAAACUUCAUGGAUCAUACGAAGCGUUGAAAGGAGGCAGCACGUGCGAAGCAAUGGAAGACUUCACCGGAGGUGUAUCAGAAAUGUUCGAGCUCAACGAAGCGCCGCCCAAUCUGUUUACAAUCAUGUUACACGCCUUUCAGAGGUUUUCAUUGAUGGGAUGCUCUAUCGAGGCUGACCCGUCGGUCACCGAAAUGGAAACGCCUCAAGGACUGGUGAAAGGCCAUGCUUACAGUAUCACCAGAGUCACAUACGUGGACAUAACUACUCCGAAUACCACUGGGCAGAUCCCAUUACUCAGGCUCCGAAACCCUUGGGGUAAUGAAGCCGAAUGGAACGGACCGUGGAGCGACAAAUCGCCCGAAUGGAGGUUCAUUUCGGAAUCGGACAAGCGAUCGUUGGGACUGACGUUUGACGCGGACGGUGAGUUUUGGAUGUCGUACAAAGACUUUGUCAAGUAUUUUUCGCGUUUGGAAAUUUGCAAUUUGAAUCCUGACCUGCUAACCAAGGAACACAUGGGUGACGACCCGAAGAAGAGAUGGGAAAUGAGCGUUUUUGAAGGCGAAUGGGUAAGAGGCGCCACGGCCGGAGGUUGCCGUAAUUUCCUGGAUACUUUUGCGAACAAUCCACAGUAUAGGAUCACGUUGGACGAUCCGGACGACGACGAUGACCAGCACAAGUGUACGGCCAUCAUUGCACUUAUGCAAAAGAACCGACGAGCCAUGCGCAAGACUGGAGCCGAGUGUUUAACCAUCGGUUUUGCUGUCUAUCAGCUCACCAACCCGGACUCAUUGCCGAAGCCCUUGGACGUGAAUUUCUUCAAAUACAACGCGUCCGUCGCCAGAAGUCCCACGUUCAUAAACCUCAGGGAAGUUAGCAGUCGAUUCAGUCUUCCUCCCGGCGAUUAUUGCAUAGUGCCUUCGACGUUCGACCCCAACGAACAGGGUGAAUUCUUACUCAGGGUAUUCUCCGAACACAAGAACAACAUGGAGGAACUCGACGACAAUAUCGGUAUAGGCGAAAUCGAUAUCAAGAUAAAAGAAAAAGAACCAGAACCGGCCAAGAUCGAUGCGGCCAACGAAAAGAUCAAAGAGUUCUUCCUCAAACUGGCCGGUGACGAUCAAGAAGUCGACUGGAUGGAACUCAAAGAAAUUUUGGACUACGCCAUGCGAAACGAUGUCGCAAGCACUACGACAGCAUCAGAUAAUGUCGUUGUCAACUUACUACAAACUUUCUGUCAGGCUUUCUGUCAGAACACGGCCUUAGGGGCGACUUUCAACAUGGAAAAAGCAGGAUUUUCCAAAGACGUGUGCCGCAGCAUGAUCGCCAUGUUGGAUUGGGACCGGUCCGGAAAAUUAGGAUUCGAUGAGUUCAAAACGCUGUGGGUUGACAUCAGACAGUGGAAGUUGGUGUUCAAAAUGUAUGACAAAGAAAGCAAGGGCUACAUCAGCGGGUUUGACAUGAGACAAGCGUUGAACUCGGUCGGUUACCAUCUCAACUCGCACAUUCUGAACAUAUUGUGCCAUCGGUACGCCACUAAGGACGGUACCAUUAUGUUCGACGACUUCAUCAUGUGCGCCGUACGACUCAAGACUAUGAUUGAUAUGUUCAAGGAACGCGAUCCAGACAACAAGAACGUGGCUUCGUUCUCGCUCGAGGAAUGGGUCGAAAAAACAUUGUAUUCAUAAGAAAAUCUAUCAAACGCUUCCGAUGCCUUAAAAAAAAUGAUCUGAAAAUGAUUAUUUUAUUUAUUUUUAAACGAAAGAAAAACAAUAUCUUUAUUAUUAGUUAUAGAUCUUAAUUAUAUAUUGUGUAUUGUAAGUUAGGUACGUUAAAUGUUUGUCGACCGAUUUUAAAGCUAACCGCAGUUGUUGUGUUAGCUUUGCAAGGAAGACUUGAACGGUCUAUUUAUUAUUAUUAUUAUUAUUAUUAUCAUACACAUAUUCCUAUUUUAUGUUUUUUUUUAAGUACUGCCUGGUCUGUUACUAUACUCGAUUACUAUUAUUGGUGCUCCAGGGAAUUAAUAACGUUUAAGUAACCAAAGAGUAUUUUUUCGAUUUGUCCAAUUUCAAGUAAA